AAAAUUUUCAAUAAAUUUUUACCAGUAUUCCAUAAACCAAAGUUCAAUAUUCACAAAUAAUGAUGUCCAAAUCAUUAUUUGAGAAUAAUGGAAAAUCCUUAAUGACCAUAUAUUCAAGCAAAAUUCGUUACAUUAUUCAGUAACUAAAAUUAACAAAAUCUCUAUUUCCUUUUUUACAAAGUCUUCACCCAAAACCGAAAGUAACGCUCAAACCAAGCCACAACCAAAAAACCAAAUCAAAUUAAUCAAAUCCAAAAUCAAUCUCUUAAUUAAUUGUUCAACCUCUUAAACUAAACAUUUUUCAUAGCCAUGGACUCCACCCUUCCCCUUUCUCAAUCCCCUACUGACACUGCUUCUAAGCUCCCUAUCAAACGCAAAACAACCGACGACCCAUUUAUCUCCUCCGCCGGUUCAGACCCACAAAAACCACCACCGUUUAAAUUCCAUCGAAUAUGGACUGAACCGGAUGAGAUCCGGUUUUUACAAGGCCUUCUUGAUGACGGGUCCCUCUUAUUCCCUCGUGAUCUUAAUAUUUUUUAUACUCGGUUUUCAAAUACCAUGUCGCAGCCUUACACGAAAUCUCAACUUUCUGAGAAAUUACGUAGGCUGAGGAAGAAGUUUCGGGUGAUUUCUUCUCGUUUGUCUAAAGGGUUAGAUAUGUCAUUGUUGUCGCCACAUGAUAUUGCUUUGUAUGAUCUUUCGAGACAGCUUUGGCACCCUGAUUUUGCUAAUACGUCGCCGUUUAAUGCUGACAAGUCUAAAAGAUCCAACUUGGUUGGGGUUAAAGUUAGCUUUUUGCCCAUCGUCCCUUCUGCUCCGGGCCCGGGCAAAGGUCUCAAUCAAUAUGAUACAGGCCCGGGCCAAGGGAGCUUUUUGCCCAAUACUCCUUAUGUUUCAGGCCCUGACCCGAACAAGGGCUCGGGCCAAGACCCGAAUCAAGAUGGUACAGGUCCUUACCAAGACAAACUCUCAAUGGAUAUCGAUUCUUUGUCCAUUGGGAAUAGUAAUCGAAUAACAGGAAAAGACCCGACCCAUGGCGGGGUUUCAGUCAGUAAGGAAAAUGUUGAAGUGGGACAGGUAAAUAAUGAGAACACUGAUGAAAUUGGUGAGUUUUGUGAUGGAGAUGGAAAGUUGAGUGAGGUGAAUGUGGAAUUCGAAAGCGGGGAUGUGGGGGAUAAACGGGUCGGGUGUAGUUGUUUGGAUGGUCCAGUACGGGUGGGGUUAGGAUGUCGUAUUGGAGAAAUUGCUGCAAAAGUGGUGAUGGAUGUGUUUGAUGAGUGUUUGAAAGAUUCUAAGAAUGGUGGUUUUUUGAAAGAUGAAAGUUUGGACAAGUUUGAGGAGAGGUGGAGGGAACAAAGAGUUGCAGAGUUGGAUGUAUUGGCACGUCGUUUGAGGCUAGAGAUUGUAUCAUUUAUCACUUGCAAAUAUUGGUAUGUUGGCAUUGGCAGCAAACUAUAUGACAUGAAUCACCCACGCCCUGAAAUCUUUUUCACAGCAAGUCAUUGUCCACGUGAGAUGUAACUUGUUGGAAGGUUUUCUUGCCAGGUUUGGCCAACCCGUAAAUUAGGGGAAGAACAAAACAUUGGUAUUAUUCUUUAUCAAAAAUGAAAACAGAAUGGUUUUGUGAUCACUUUUAGUUAGGCUAGGCAGAGAAACAGUCGUUGCAAUAUGGACUAAAAAUGCUUAUUAUACGAUUAUGAUGUGUAUGAAAAAUAUGCAGUUGUCCCUGUUUAUGUAGUUUUAGCGUUGGCAGUGAAGUGCAAAGGUCCUAAUGUUAUGGACUAUGUUACUUAGACUUUGCAAAAAUGUCGCCGGAUGCGUGUCGGAUCCUUCAAAAGUAGUGCACUUUUGGAGGAUCUGACACGGGUGCGGCAGCAUAUUUGGAGAGUCUGUACAAUAUAGGUUAUGGUGGAUAUAGGUCCCGGCCAGUUGUCCUGUACCUCCAGGUAAACUGGUAACCGAAAGAAACGAUUUUAUACUGCGCAUUAUCUUGGAUAGUACACUGUUUAUUGGGGCACCGCCGGUGGUACCAUCAACAGACAUGAAUCUUUUCUUCUCUUUACUUUUGAUCAAUUUUCCCAGAGGACACUGUCAUUUUUAG